AUGACGGAUUUAAAGAGGAAAGUUAGAGUGCGUGCUGGUCACAAGGGAUACGUGACGAAGACUAUCACCGAUGCAAGGGCACUAUUCAAUUCUGGAAAUCAAGCGGAUUUAAAAAAGCUGAAGUCCCUUCAAUCUAUUCUACGAGACAAGCUCGCUGAUAUCAAGGGUCUGGAUCGUGAAAUCACUGACGAAACAAAAGAGGAAUCUAUCGAUCAAGAAGUAGCUGACAGCUGCGAAUUCACCUCAUCUGUUUAUGAGUGCAUUGCAGAUAUCAAGGCUGUGUGCUCUGCAAGAGAAAAAAGUGGGAAAGAAACUCAACCCUCUGGUGCUGGAUCCAUUCCAAGUCAACUAGUCACUCCAGCUAUUGGCAGUGCUCCCACAAAGCUUCCGAAAUUGGAAUUAAAAAAGUUUUAUGGCAAUCCGGUGGAAUGGGCGCCAUUCUGGGAUUCGUUUAAUUCAGCUGUUCAUCAGAACUCGAGCAUAAGCAAUGUGAAUAAGUUCAACUACUCAAAAUCUUUGAUUCAAGGCCAAGCAGCGAACACAAUAAGUGGAUUUUCUCUCACAGGAGGAAAUUAUAAGGAGGCGGUCUGUUUGCUGGAAGAAAGGUAUGGAAAUAAGGAAGUCGUUAUCUCUGCCCACAUGGAAGCCUUGUUAAAAUUACCUGCGGCAACUUCAAUUAGUGAACCGAAGAAGCUACGAGAUAUCUAUGACAAGCUCGAGUCGCAUGUUCGAAGCCUUCAAAACAUUGGAAUUGGAGCCAAAAUGUAUUGGAGUUUUCUUUCUCCGGUUAUCAUGUCAAAGAUCCCAGAGGAUUUGCGGGUAACAAUAACAAGAAAUCUCGCAUCCGAAGAGUGGAAUCUACAGCCAAUGUUGGAGAUCUUUUGUAAGGAAUUACAACUUCGUGAAAAAUGCCAGUUUUAUCCAGGAUCUGUCAACACUAGAGAGCCUCGUGCUCCAAAUCCACCUGUGCGAGGAGGGCCGUUUGAUUCACCGCCAACAACAUCUGCUCUGUUCAUGAAUGGCAACACGCAGUCAUGA